GUGGAACCAGUUAACCAGGGAUCAAGGUGAAGGCUAAAACUAACUUGGCGCCGUCUCCAAAUACACACUGAAAUGGCGCAAUAUAGAUAACCACACUCGCGAUUGAGCAGUAACUGUCAGGUGUGCACCAUGGACAGUGAAGUGCAGCGAGAUGGUCGUCUGAUGGACAUCAUAGAUGAGAAGUGGCGUGAAGACAGACUGCCGAUGGAAGACAUCAUGGUGCCUCAGUUGGAGCUGCCCGAGAUAGAGCCGGACAACGGCCCCACCACCGAGACUCUCCGGGAACAGGAGCAGAAGUGGUCUGACCUUGCAUUGUCAGUGUUGCAUGAUCAGCCACCCACAGCUGGCAACAGCUGAGAGCACCAGGAGCUCAUACAUCCUGUUUGUUUGCAGGACAGAUGUGUUGUCACAUGGUAGUGACAAGUUAUUGUGGAUAAUGUUUGUGAAGAGAGUGAUGUUUCUGUGGAACAACUUCAUUAAUGUGUUCUGUUCAACAUGUACAAAGAGAGAGCAAUGUACAGAUGUGUGUGAUAAACCAUGUGGUUGUCUCCGUGGUAACCAAUGUCCAGAUGGACAGUCAUAUGUCAUAUGUAAAUGAUGGUGAAAUAAAUGUUGGAACCUU